UAUAAGCUUCGCAUAACCUUGCCACCCCACACCACAACCGCAAGUCGUAUUAUACCCUAGCCCGACUCACUGCAACAAAAGCAAAACCCUAACCCUAAUUUAUUUCUGAGUGUGUAUCAAGGUUCCGCUGUUUCAUCGUUAUGGAAGAGCUUAGCAACAAGAAGCGAGCCAGGGAGGAGGAGGCCGAGUUAGAUUUCCCGGAGGUGAAGAAAAUAAGAGAUGAUUUGUUGGGUAUACUUGAUGAGUCGGAUCCUGACCCGACAAUCCAGGAUCUGGACUCUGUCAUGAAAAGUUUUCAAGAGGAGAUAUCUGCCUCCUCUUCCCCAGUCGUUGUAGACCUUACGUCAGAUUCCGGUGAUUCCCAGCCGGAUCUGGGGUACCUUUUAGGAGCUUCUGAUGAUGAGCUUGGGUUACCUCCUUCAUCAACAGCUUCUUCUGGGGAGGAGACUAAAAAUGAAGUUACGGAGUUAGUCCGAGUGGACUCAGCUGAGUCAUCUGGAAAUGAUGGAUUCUGGGGGUUUGAGGAUCAAAUCCCGAGUUACGACUCGUUUGAAUUGGGACUCGUUGAAAACUACAACACAGAGUACGCGGCGUUUGAUGACUCAUUGUUCGAGUAUUCAAAUGUAUGUUUUGUUUCAUCCGAUUUUCCGGAUUAUUCUUGGCGGCUGGGAUCCACGCCGGCUGAGUGAAGGCUUCUAACGGAAGAACUUCCUGCUAACGGUAAUGAGACGAUGCCGUUACCGUCCUUCACGCUUAUUUUUGUAAAAUUUUUUUUCUAUAAUUUUCAGAGGUAAAAAGAAAUAUAUUUAGUGGUAGGAUUGAAAUGAAGAUGCCGGGACUGAGCGAGAAAUUGGUUCGUUUUUUGAUGCUUGGAUUAUACAAGACACUGUUCACGGA